AAAACAGAGUCAGAGUUCAGUGAGUGUUUGUCCCGUGAAAACCCGAGAAAAAGGGAAAAAUUAAAGUGAAAAAUUGUCAAAAACUCUGUGCAAACGCAAGUGACGCCGUAAAACGGCAAAAUUCGUGUCUAAAGUAAAUUAAUUCAACAGUUAUCGAAAUAAAAAAAAUAUAUAUAAAAAUUUUGUGUAAAAAAAAUAAAUAAAUAAAAAAAUUGUGCUGUUAAAAAAUUAAUAAAAAAAUUCUAGAUUUUUUGUGAAAAAAAAAUAAUAAUAAAAUAAAAGUGUUAAAAGACAAAAAAUUAAAAAUAAACCGGAAAAAAAAUCGAACAAUAUUUCAAUGGUUAAAGCACCGGCGAAUUCGCCAGAUAAUUCGAAAAAUUAUCAAAAUCCGCAUCAACAGCAGCAAAAAGUUACCACAGUAACAACAGGACACUUUCAGCAACAUUCCCAACCAUUUAAUUUUCAGAGCGGCAAACACGGUAAGAAAUCCCGUCGUUUACAGCAAAACGUCGUCGCCGCCGCCGCAACGAUGGCAGAACCGCCAGGAGUGAGUUCAGCAGGUCCGACGCUCCUCGUGACGACAGUUUCGCCAAUUAGUGCUCCCACGGGCACGCCAAUGAUUGCCGUUGUAGCGCCCACAGCACGCACAACGCCCAAUAACAACGCGAGUAACAACAAUAAUAACAACAGUAGCAGCAACAAAAACAACCUAAAAGGGAAUCAUUCGCCAAUAAAGGCAUCCGCGAAUAUUUUGCAGCAGCGAAUUCACCCAAUUCCGCAAAUUUAUCAUGCCCUUCCGUUGCAAAUUCAACCGGCAGCUUGGUCGACAGCAGCUCUCGUCGAGCCCGCAUUCCAUUUUGGACCCGGAUUCGAACGUGCCUCGUCCAUUAUGGAAAUUCAGAAUCAACAGCGGCAAAUGACGUGUCCAACGCACGGCACGCAAACCGUUACAUCGACAAGUAAUUCUUCUUCAAGCUCGUCAAAUUCGUCAGCGACGCAGGAACAUGUCGUCUUUUUCACCGUCAGUCAAGGCGUUUCGGUUACAUUUCAGAUCGGGAAUAGCCGAGAAGUGGUGAGAGGUCCCGUUACAGUGCCAAUGGUAUCGCAGGGCGGUUCGCCGCCAAUUCCCAUGCCCGUUCAGGUGCCUCCGGGACACGUGAUGCAACAAAUUGUCGACGAGAAUGGCACAUUGCGACAAGUAAUCCUGUCGACGGCACACAAUCAACCAACGAUUCACCAGCAAGGCGGAAUUCAACAGCACGCAACUAUUCAUGCACCAUUUUUAACUGCCAACGGAACAGCUCCAUUCUACAGUCCAUUACCAGCUGAUUUCGCGGGACCAGCAACGGGACAACACUUUCAUCCGGCAAUGCAGACGGGAGGGCAGCAUUUGCAGGCGCAGAUGUCACAUUCGUCGCCGCAUUCGCCAUCGCCGCCAAGUACCAAUCACUACAAAGAUGAACGUGCGCAACGGCAACACACGAGACUGGUGCGAAAGCUCGAUAAGAAGAAUAAUUCGCGGAAUAUGAGUUCAACAUUGUCGACGCCAGCUCACUCACCCUCGCCUCGAAAGAACGAAUUGAACGGCGUGCAUCGUCAACAACGUUCAAAUGGCACCUCAUCUGUCGGCACAUCCGAAGAUGGCGAAGAAUCGUCUGUGCCCGACGAGGAAGACGAUCAACAGGCAAUUAUCGACCAAUUGGCAACAGUUCAAACCCCAAUUAUCACGGAAUUAACUACUCGUUCGGCGCUUCUGAAAUGGACAAAGCCCGCUUCCACGGAUAACGCUCCUUUGGAUUUCAGUAAUUUAGAGUACGAAAUCCUCCUUUCGCACACAGGAAUUGGGGGGCGUUACAAACGCUUGAUCAAGGGAAAAUCUUUGUCGUGUUGCAUCAAAGAUUUGAGUCCCGGCAGGGAAUAUGCGUGUGUUUUGCAAGUUUAUUACGGCGAAACGCAUUGUUCGAGUUCGGAGCCUUUGGUUUUCUACACGCCAAAAAGCGAGCCGAAUGCCCCGACAGAUAUCAAGUUGACGACACGCACAAAGAACUCGCUUCAGCUGAAAUGGAAUGUGCCCGCAGACAAUGGGGCGCCAAUUUUGUACUACAUACUCGAAUGUGAUAACGGCAAAAACGGCGAAUUUGUGGAAGUUUGCAAGACAAAGUGCAAGCAGUACUGUUACAAUAAACUACAACCGUCGACGGCAUAUCUUUUCCGUUUGGCAGCCGUGAACGAAUGCGGAAGAUCCGCAUAUUCGCCAAUUGUGCGCUUCGAAACGUCAGUUAACCCGCCCCAGCAACCCAUGUCGCCAUAUUUGCAGCACGCCACGUCAUCGUCGUUGCGUCUCGGAUGGAAUCGUCGUCCUACGGAUGACGAAUAUCAACUUCAGUUGUCGGAUUUCCAACAGGGAUACUUUAAUGUGUACGUCGGACCGGAUAACGUGUACGAGUGUGUCGGUUUGCGACGCGCCACAAACUUCCAAUUUAGACUUAGGGUGAAAAAUGAGGCAGGCACGUCGCAAUGGAGUGACGAAGUGGUUUAUUGCACGGCGCCCGAAAGACCCGGCAGACCCAAUAAACCCCAAGUGAAGGGAAAAAUCCAAGCGACGAGUUUCCGUGUGAGAUGGGAUCCGCCGCAUGAUCGCGGAGGCGCCGACAUCAAAUUGUACUACUUAGAAAUUAGUUCGGGUGCUGGAUUUGAGUCGGUUUACGUGGGUCCCGAGACUGAAGCUUUAUGUGAUCGCCUGAGCCCCGGCACGACAUAUCAGGUUCGUGUCAUGUGCGAAGGACCUGCUGGGAUGUCAGGUUCAUCCGAUUAUUGUACGAUUACGACGGAGCCUGUUGUCCCAAAUGCACCUCCUUGUCCUUAUUUGGCGAAUCAACCGGGUCCGUAUGCGGCGAUUUUGCGAUAUGACAAACCCGAUUACAAUGGCGGGGCUCCCGUUACAUCGUUCGAAGUCGAAGUUGAGGGUAGUAACAACAACAAACCGCGCGAAUUAGCGUAUAGCGGAAAGGAGCAAUUUUGCGUCGUCAAAGAUUUGAGACCUGGCGAAACGUAUGUCGUUCAAGUGCGAGCUGUUAAUCGCAUCGGACCCGGCGAAUGGAGUGAAGAAUUUAGAUUUAAGACAGCGCCGGCGCCCGCAGCAGCGCCAUCUGCUCCGACAAUUUGCGCAAAGUCGCCGACGCAACUCUCGAUCUCGUGGCUGGAGCCGUAUACGAAUGGGGCGCCCAUCACGGAAUAUCGCCUCGAGUACUCGCAAACUGAGCAACACGAUGGCUUCUGUGUGGCCUAUCAGGGAGCUCAGAAAUCGACUGAAGUCAAGAAUUUAACGCCAUUCACGUACUACUAUUUCCGCUUGUGUGCCUCGAAUUCGGCAGGCACGAGUCCAUAUUCGCCCGUUGCGAAGCAACAAACGCCCGCCGCACCUCCCGGAAUUCCCGCGUUUGAUGAUUGGGAGAAAUCCGCAUGUGAUAUCCGGCUGACGUGGCAGGCGCCCGAAUGCAAUGGAUCGCCCAUCGUUUAUUACAACAUCGAGUGCAGCGGUAUGGAUCGGCUUAUUUCAACCAGUGAUGCCGCAUGCGAGUAUCUGCUCGAGAACUUGAGCUCCGAAACGACGUACAAGAUACGAAUUCAGGCUGUGAAUCGCGUUGGCACGGGUCUCUUCUCCAAUUAUCUCAAGGUUACGACGCUCCCGUUGCCGCCCAAACCACCAAAACUGGAAUGCGCUCAAAUCAGUUAUAGUUUCAUCAAGCUCAAGUGGGCAGAGGAGAAGCCCUCGGCAUCCACGACGCGUCUCGAUAUCGUGCGGUACUACGUGGAGAUGCAAAAUAAUCGCACGAAGGAAUUUGUCAAUGUUUAUACGGGAAAUCGCGAUACGUGCAAAGUGCACAAGUUGCACGAAUGUCAGUCGUACACGUUCCGCAUCUACGCCGAGACAGAUUGCGCCGGGAUGGGCGACUAUUCUGACGAAGUGACGUUUACCACGCCAGCAGCUUUACCAAAUAGUAUCAAAGCACCUCGUGUUGUUGUUGUCGAUGGCGCGAACAAAGAUGAGGAAAACUCUUCGGCGCACAGUGAAACCUCGACGUCGCUUACACUCGAAUGGCAGCAAAGUAAAAAUAACGUUUUCAACGAUCGCAUCGAGUAUUUGUUGCAGAUGAGCAAGGGAAAGAACGAACAGGAUUAUAAAGAGGUUUAUCGAGGCCCAAACACGCGACACACCUUAACAAACUUGGACUACGACACCGAAUACAAUUUCCGCGUUUGCCCCAUCCGAAUCAUGACAGCGACAGACGACGAAGUUUUUGGUUCCUUCUCACCCGUUUUGCAUCAUACGAUCGCCUUGCAGUCCCUUCACAGCUCGGAUGCCGUUGAUUCGGUGUCAAAUCGCUUGCAUGCCGUUUCCAAUGAUCAUCAUGUUGCAUCAGCGGCACGUCUUUCGUGCUCCUCGGGAUCAACGGAGACACUUUCACGCGAAAACGCUGCUGCCCGAUUGCUCUACAAGAUAACGCAAGUGUACAAAAAUCGCGACAAAUUCACGGACCAUCAAAAGGCAAUUAUUCUCGUCAUUUUCAUGAUUCUCGCGGCAUUGGUUUGCGCUGCUGUCGUCGAAAUGUUUUUGCGGUAAAAAGAAAAAAAAAUUGCAUGGGACAACAAAUAGGAAUUAAUUCAUUAUUAUUUAUAAUUUUUUUUUUUCAACAUCAUAAAAUAUAUUAUAUUAUUAUUAUUAUUAUUGUCAAGAAAAAAUCAAAAGAAUCUACAAAAAAAAAGUUUUAUGUUUAUUUACAACACAAACACACACAAAAAAAAAUAAUAAAAAAAAAUUAAUCUUGUAUUCUCUACUUUUUACAUAUUUACAUAAAAUAUAUGAUAAAAAAUAAAAAAAAAUCUUAUAAAUAAACUUAAAAAAUACGAUGUUAUCCAAAAAAUAAUUAAAAUCAAACUCUCGUAUGUUAAAUGUCUGCACAAAACCUUUUUUCAUAUUUUUAACAUAUACAAUUAAAAAUUUUAUUCCCGCACAAUUCUACAUCCUACACAAAAAAAUCAUCAAAAUUGAUGUUAAUAAUUAAAAUUAAAUGACUGUUCAAAAAAUACAUAAAUUAAAUAUGAUGUUUAAAUAAUACAAAAAAAUUCAUGUGCAAUAGAAUUUAGUCCGAAAAAUAAAUUAAAAUAAAAAAAUACCUAACAAAAAAAUAAAAUAUAAAGAAAAAAGUUGAAUUUUGUCACAAAAUGCUUGUGUCAAUGUUUCUCUACUUAUCUUCCUACCUAAGAAAAAAUAAAAAAAAAAAAAUUAGAACGCUUUUCUACUUACCGAAAUAUUUACCACAAACUUUAUAAAAUAAAAAAAAAAUAUUUUCCAAGCCUAGAAACCGAUACAUUCCUUCAUGAAUAUAAUUUGAAUAUUAUUUAAAAAAAAACUUUAUAUUUUUUUUAAACA